GGACUGAGCUCAGCAUCUGUCAGUUCUUGGAGAACCUGGGGUUGGAGCAUCUUCUGGAGAUCUUCGACAGGGAGCAGAUCACUCUAGACGUUCUGGUGGAGAUGGGUCAUCGCGAGCUGAAGGAGAUCGGCAUCAACGCCUACGGACACAGACACAAGAUCAUCAAAGGAGUGGAGAGGCUCAUCAGUGGGCCGCAGAGUCUGAAUCCGUAUCUGACGCUGAACACAGCCAACAGUGGGACGAUCUUAAUUGACCUCUCGGCCGACGACAAGGAGUUCCAGUCGGUGGAGGAGGAGAUGCAGAGCACCAUCAGAGAGCACCGAGACGGCGGCCACGCUGGAGGAGUCUUCAACAGAUACAACCUGGUCAAGAGCACCAUCAGAGAGCACCGAGACGGCGGCCACGCUGGAGGAGUCUUCAACAGAUACAACCUGGUCAAGAUCCAGAAGGUCUGCAACAAGAAGCUGUGGGAGAGGUACAGCCACCGCAGGAAGGAAGUGUCUGAGGAAAACCACAACCACUCCAAUGAGCGCAUGCUGUUUCACGGCUCGCCGUUUGUCAACGCCAUCAUCCACAAAGGCUUCGAUGAACGCCACGCGUACAUCGGGGGGAUGUUCGGCGCCGGGAUUUACUUUGCAGAGAACUCGUCAAAGAGUAACCAGUACGUCUACGGCAUCGGAGGAGGGACGGGCUGUCCGCUCCACAAAGACCGCUCCUGCUAUGUCUGCCACAGGCACCUGUUGUUCUGCAGGGUGAUUCUGGGUAAAUCCUUCCUGCAGUUCAGCGCCAUGAAGAUGGCUCAUUCGCCGCCGGGUCACCACUCCGUCACCGGCAGGCCGAGCGUUAACGGCCUCGCUCUGGCCGAGUACGUCAUCUACAGAGGAGAGCAGGCCUACCCCGAGUACCUGAUCACCUACCAGAUCACAAAAGCCUGAAGCCUCCGCAGACAGAUGAAGAUGGAGUCAGGGAAGGAAAACACGAAGAAACGCCAGAAUCUUCACUAACUGCAUGCACAGAAAAAACUUUAUUUAUACAAUGUAUAAAACAUGUAGGUUUUUAUCAGAUGACUGUUUUUUUUGUGGUUUUAUGCACUUUAUUGUCUUCCGUCCUGAUGUGAUGUGACUGUUGAUUUCAUCCUCUUGUCGUUAAAAAUGUGUUGUUCACAUAUUUCAGGUCAUUUUUCAAAAACCAAAUCCAUGUACUUGACCCACGCGACAUGUUGUUGAUGUUUGAACCCACGUGAUGGGAAGUUGCUGUAAUUAGCAGAUAAAUGGGUUCAUUGCUCCCCGUCUUUGAAAACGGCGACGUAACGGUGAACAGUUGCUCGCUGCAGACAGAACAGUCAAAACAACCCUAUAUGUUGCCUGGCAACCACCUGACGAGAUGAAGAACUGGAUUGGUUUCAUGGAGAUGUUACGUGUAUAUUUAUUUUUUGUACAAGCAUGUCAGUUUAUUAAUAUUUAUGAAGUGAAAAUAUCGUGUUGGUUUUUACACACCAGGUUUUCUCUGAAUCAGCCUGAACGAGCCGCAGUCUCUGAUUGGCUAGAGUUAUCACACAGUUCAUGAAAACCUGAAUCUCAAAUAUUAUUUACCUGCCGCAGACGUACCUGAGCAGUCGUAGCCUGACUGCAGAUCUCUGACUGAUUUAUUUAGUUCAUUUUCCAGCUCAGUGUUUUUAUCCCAGGUCAGAAAAGCUUUUUAUGAUUCAGUUUAAAAAAAAAAUACAGCCCUUAACAAAUUUAUUAGACAACCGGUCAUAAAAACAAGGGAACACACAUUUUUUAGAAACAACUUAAUUAAAAACAA